AUGAUCUCUGAUGACCUCGCUAGAGAGGUCAAGGUGAUAACAACCCACGACGUUCUGAAGGCUGCUUCAAUCAACAACCCUGAGAAGUACAUGCCCAACGAGGACGUCGAAGUUGAUAAUGUCACGAAGGUUCUGAAGGUAGUUGUCUCUAUAGGUCUCAACGAGGUGCCUGUGGUCGGUGGCAUGCUCUCAGGGUUGAUAGGCUUGUUUUGGCCUGGUGGCGAUGACAGUAUAUGGGAGGGCACCAAAGACAAUGUAGAGCGCCUUGUUGAUGAAAAGAUCGGUGAGCAGACCGCCAAAGACAACCGAUUGAGGCUCAAAGGCAUCUGCAAGGUUCUGCAAAUCUUUGCACAGGAGCCACCAAAGAUCCAGGCUCGCAACUUUCACGGAGUAGUCAACAUUCUGAUGGAAAACGAGCCAUUAAUCUUCGAGAACGAAUCGCCAUGGUAUAACCUUCCAUACCUUGCUCCCUUUGGCACUCUCUACCUAUCUGCACUCUAUACUCAGUGGAAGCAUUGCGAGAAAAUCGAUAAGUCCUCGGAUUCAAAGCCAGCGUACAAAAAGUUACUCGAGGAAGAGGUUUAUCGACUUCAAGCUUUGGUCCAAGACGCAAAGAAGAACUGCAUUGAGAGGCGAAAAAAAGAUAUCAAGCUAGAGCAGUUGAAUGCUUACGACCAGAUCACGAUGGAGGACCCACAUAGUCAUACAGAGAUUACCGUUACGGGAGCGUUGGAAGACAUAUUCAAGAACGGUCGCAUGCAGCUCGACUUCGAAGUUGAGUCCAAAUACAGCGCAGAAAUCGACAAGAUUCUUGAACCUACACAUCUCUGGGGACGAUUCAUCCCUGGACAUGAACAGGACAUCCAAACCUAUCACCAUCUGGAAUAUCCUGGAGGUGAAUGGAAGGGCAUUACGUCAGAGACAAAGUUUACAAACCCACAAGCCGUUCCCGGCGGCCUGGGGAGACUUUGUAAGAUUGAAUGGUUUAUUGCUCCAGACUACUAUAAUACCAACGAGGUAGUCGGACUUUCGCUCGUUUUCGAAAAUACGGAAAUUAUGUUAGGAUCACGCCGUGGCGGAUAUGUUUGCGCCAUUGAGCUCGGCAGGGAGGUCGUCAUUGGAGUGAAAACAAAAGUCUCAACUGACUACCGAGACAGAGAUCGAAUCGAGUAUAUUGAAUUCACCUAUGCUCCUGCAACUAUAGAUGCCCAAGGAAAUUUGAGUCUCCUGGCUAAAGAUCGUGUGGAGGAAGCUACCAAAUCCCUUCGUAGAAUUCGAAAGGACAAGUCCGAAAAAGACAUGGAAUUCAAGCACGCCCAUUCCAAUGAUCAUAAGAGUAAAUGGUCCGAGCUCAUUGAUGCUAAGAUUAGACGCCGUACUAUGGUAGCCUUACUCGCCAUAUUUGUACAGCAAAUCACAGGUCAGACUUUUGCCUCGCAAUACUCCGUCAUCUUCUACCUCUCCCAAGGGUUUGGUGCGCGAAGCUUUGUCUUUUCUGUCCUCAGCUCUGUCGCAGGUCUUGCCUGUCUGUUCAUCACUUGGUCUACUGUCGACCUGGUUGGUAGAAGGGUCUUACUUUUAGUCGGCGGCACCGGCAUGGCUGUGUUUCUGUUCAUUGUUGGCGCUGUCGGUACUAUCAAGAACCCUACGGAGACACAACAGAAUGCUCUUGUUGCUUCUUCCGCCUACGCACUAUCAUGGGCACCAGUAUCGUACAUCGUGCUUUCAGAAGCCGCAUCAAGCCAUAUCAAAGAGAAGACAAAUCUUGUCGCCUCUGUCAUUUCUGUCUUGACCACUUUUGCAACAUCCUUCACACUUCCCUACCUACUCAGCAAGCCUUAUGCGGCACUUGGCGCCAAGGUCGGCUUUAUCUAUGGAAGCUUUUGUGUAGCUAUGGUCGUGCUCGCAUACUUCUUUAUUCCCGAGCUCAAGGGGCGAAGCUUGGAAGAAGUCGAUCAGUUAUUUACAAGCGGUGAAUCGUUGAGAAAACUUGGAUUCCUGAAGACAAGGACGGCAGAGAAGGCUUAUGAAAGUCACGCGAAGCAAUAA